CAUUUGUUUACUGCUUUUUAUUGUCUUUUCGUCUUGUUCCUGAACUCUACGACGAAUACUUUCCUUUUUUACUACACUUAGCAACAAGUCCAUCACUAAACACAUAAAGAAGAGUUCCGUAUGGAAGAGGAUUGGGACUUGAUCGAUUCUUCAAACUCAUCUCACACAUCUCAACAUAAACCAUAUGUUCCAUCGAGACCAUCACUAGAUUUCGCGCGUUUCUCGACGAUGCCAGAAACAUAUGAUUUGGACGAUCCUAUAUCACCCUUAAUGGCACCACAAGACGAUAUCGAUAACAUAUUUUGCGAAAGUCCACCUCCAGACAAUGAAAGCCUUUAUGGUAACGAUAUAUAUUCAGAAGAGGUAGAAGAAAAAGACGAGUUGAGUGUUGAACAUUCAAUAGCAGAAAGUGUUUCAUGGAUAGACAAUGAGGCAUCCCACAAUGAAGAUGAUGACGACAACAAUCACCACAACAAUGAAUCAGUAAAUGCUAUUAAUCAAACAAAUGCUGCAAAUAAACAUUUCGACUAUUUUCUUUCUUCUUUCACAGACCCAGCUGCUUCUAACCAAGAAACAAGAGAAUCACACGCAGACAAAAAAGCUUCUUGGAAAAUCAGUAGAAACAAUGCAGAAUGAAAAUUCAAAUGUCGAAACACAGCACAACCAGUCUGACAAAAGCACACCGCCUCUCAUUCCUCCCUUCUAUAUGGGUAAAUUCAACACAAACUUUGAAUUCAAAAUGCCAAAAAAGUCUCUAGAAGACGAAAAUGUCACUAAAGAAAAACUAUCAAAUUUAGAAUCCUCAUUGAAUCAUGAGCAUGUAAAUGAUGGUGAUUUUUCUUCAAGGCCAAUCAAAAAAGCAUAUCGAAAAUUAUUUGACAAAUCAUUGUCUGUCCAUUCAAUACCUUCUUAUGCUUCUCCACCUAAAAGAGAGCCUAUCUUAACCAUACAUCAACCUAUACCUUGUACCGAUAUUCCGCCUAUUGAAAAGCAGCUCGAGGAGGAAGGAGAAGAGGAAGACCCUUUUGUGAUACGAAGAAACAUUGUAGAUCGCUUAACCUUUGCAUCUACUCAGGAUGACAAUGACGAUUCAAUGAACGAACAACGCCUAGCAAGCAUCUUUUAUGAUUUAGAAAGACAAUAUCCCAAUGUCACAGAAUGGUAUCAAUUAAAGAAACUCAAUCUUAGUCGACAAAACUUGGCUCAGAUCGAUGAUUUGGCAAGCUGUUUCCCGUAUCUCGAAGUACUCCAAAUAUCCCAUAAUGAAUUAAGGUCUAUUUCUGGACUCCCUUCAUCCUUAAUUUACAUCUAUGCCUCGCACAACAGACUCUCAGAUGUAGACAUAUAUCACCUUGAUAAGCUUCAAUACCUUGAUUUGUCGCAUAAUUUUAUCAAUUCAUUUCAAGAUAUGUCAAAUCUCAAAUCAUUACGCACGCUGGAUGCUAGUCAUAAUGCAAUCACUUCAUGCAAAACGUUUCAAAACUUGCCUGGUCUGGUCAUUCUUUCAUUAAGAGCCAAUUGCAUACGACGUCUGGUCAAUUUUGAGUCCGUGAUUAGGAAUAAUCAGAUCGAAAGCUUGGAUGUUUCUUUUAAUCGAAUUGAAUGUCUUGAUUCAAUUGAACACUUGAAGCAUUUACGAGAAUUAAAUGCGAACCACAACGACAUUAAAUACAUUCAGCUGAACCAGCCUAUGGAACGUUUAUGCAAACUGCAAUUGAGCUUUAAUCGACUGAAAUCAUUUGAUGUUUCGCCAUUCCCGGAUAUUCGAGUAUUGUACCUUGAUGACAACCAAAUUCAACGUAUUAUUGGUGUAGCUUGUAUUUCUCGGUUAGAUUCAUUUUCUUUACGUGAUCAAGGUCGACAGAAAGUUGAGUACAGCCUGCAAUACUUGCGUGGUGCACGAAAAUUAUAUCUUUCAGGAAGUCCAUUCCAGAGCAUGAAACAAAUGGUUGACUUUUAUUCAUUGGAAUAUCUCGAAUUAUGCUCUGCAGAACUUGAGGUAUUGCCGCCUGAAUUUGGUAAACAAGUGCCUAACCUGGCCACACUGAAUCUCAGCAUGAAUCGAUUGACAGAUAUUCGACCUUUACGAAAGCUCAAAUAUUUAAGGAAAUUGGUCUUGAUCGAUAAUCGUCUGAUGAGCCUAAAUGAAGUGAUUGCAGUUGUGCAGUACUUGAAGCAUUUACAUUAUUUGGAUCUAAGACAAAACCCAAUGUCUGCUAAUAUUUAUCCACCACUCAAUUUGACGUUUAUCCAAAGUAUCAGCGACCAUGAAAGGAUAUCCCCUUAUGUUUUAGCAACACAGGAUGAAAGUUGGCUGUUGAGUGAUAUGGAGUUUUUGAAGGACUUAUCAGAUCAUUGGAAGACGCGAAGACAAGUUUACCGUGCAUUAUUUAUUCAAAAAUGUUCCAAGUUAAUUGAAUUGGAUCAGAUAAAAAUUGAGCCCCAAGAUCGUUCAGAAGGGGAUUUGGUCAUUGGUAACUUUCGAAAGACACAGACACCUUAUCCAGUCAGUACAACAAGUGGCUCAUUAUCACACCAAAGCUAAUUUUUUUUUGUAUUUGUAAUCUACAUCACUUUUAUUCACGUAAAUAAUAAACCAUCAUCUUUCUGAC